CUUUUAUUUAAUUAUAUAUAUUCUUUAAUUAUAUAUGAGAAACUAUGUUGAAGCAUCCAAUUGGAAUAAAGGUUGAAGAUUCUUUAAUGCCCAAACCACAAAACCGUUUCAGUGGAAAAAACAGGACAUUCAAAAAAUAAUGUUUUCAUAUACACUAACGUUAAGAUAAUUGAGCAGCCAACUUGGACUUCAUGCAAUAGUGGCAAUUGCAACUUGAUUUCGUCUGAAUCUCAGUGCAAAGUCUCAGAAACUUGGUAGAACCUUCCAAGAACCAUUUCUCUUUACCUCAAUACAUAAUCAAACAACUUCAUUCACAGCUUCAACCCUUCAUUUCUAUCACCCGUUCUUGCUUUUGCAUUUGCAUCUUUACACAAAUUCUAUUGCACAUCUUUCAUUCUCUACAAGUUUGUUUCCACUUUUGGCAAUUGCAAUGGCAUCUAACGCCAUCAUCCAAUGCAGCUCCUCUUCGUCUCACAUGAUAAGGACUUAUGAUGUGUUUGUCAGCUUCCGCGGUGAAGACACACGCAACAACUUCACUUCCUUUCUCUUUCAUGAUCUCAGUAGAAAUGGCAUUGUGGCUUUCAAAGAUGAUACACAUCUCCACAAAGGUGAAUCCAUUGCACCCGAGUUGCUACAAGCCAUUGAAGGGUCUCGCCUUUUCGUUGUGGUCUUCUCUAAGAACUAUGCUUCCUCCACUUGGUGCUUGCGUGAAUUAGCUCACAUAUGCAAUUGCAUUCAAACUUCACAAAGGUGUGUUCUUCCUAUCUUUUAUGAUGUUGAUCCUUCAGAUGUGCGAAAACAGAGUGGAUGCUAUGAAAAAGCCUUUGUAGAACAUGAAGAAAGAUUCAGAGAAGAUAAAGAGAAGAUGGAGGAAGUGCAGACAUGGAGAGAAUCUCUCACUCGAGUGGCCAAUCUCUCUGGUUGGGAUAUCCAAAACAAGCCACAAUAUGCAGAGAUUGAAGAAAUUAUUCAAAAGAUAAAAAACAUAUUGGGUCAUAAAUUUUCAUGUCUUCCAAAAGAUAAUCUAGUUGGAAUGGAAUCUCGUGUUGAAACAUUAUCAAGGAUAUUGUGUUUAGAGUUGGCUAACGAUGUUCGAGUUGUCGGAAUUAGUGGAAUGGGUGGAAUAGGAAAGACAACUCUUGCUCAUUCUUUAUAUGAAAGAAUCUCUGAACAAUAUAAUUUUUGUUGUUUCAUUGAUGUAAGCAAAAUUUAUCAAGCUUCUGGUACUAUAGGUGUACAAAAGCAGUUACUUUCACAAUGCCUUAAAGAAAAGAAUCUUGAAAUUUUCAAUGCUUCCGAGGGAACAUGUUUAGCAUGGGAAAGGUUACACCAUGCAAGGGCACUUAUUGUUCUUGAUAAUGUUGAUCAAGAUAGGCAACUAAAUAUGUUUACAGGGAAUAGGGAGGCUCUGUUACGUGAAUGCCUAGGUGGGGGGAGUAGAAUUAUCAUAAUUUCUAGGGAUAAACAUAUAUUGAGGAAAUAUGGAGUAGAUGAUGUUUAUCAAGUCCAACCAUUAAAUCACGAAGAUGCUACCCAAUUGUUCUACAAAUAUGCUUUCAAAGGUAAUCAUAUUAUGAGUGGUUAUGAGGAGUUGACAUAUGAUAUACUAUCACAUGUUCAAGGCCAUCCUUUGGCAAUUCAAGUAUUGGGCUCAUCUUUGUUUGAUCGAAGUAUCUCACAGUGGAGAAGUGCACUGGUUAGAUUUAAAGAAAAUAAAAGUGACAAUAUUAUAGGUUUCCUGCGAUUAGGUUUUGAUGAGUUGGAUAACCUAGAGAAAGAGAUAUUUCUAGAUAUUGCUUGUUUCUUCAAUAACGAAAAGGAAGAACAUGUAAUGGAGAUUCUAACUUUUCGUGAAUUUCAUCCUGAAUAUGGCCUACAAGUUCUUGUUGAAAAAUCGCUUAUAACUAUUGAGGAUGGGGAUAUUCGUAUGCAUGACUUGUUGAUAGAUUUGGGAAGGUGUAUUGCUCGAGAAAAAUCACCUAAGGAGCCAAUAAAGUGGAGUAGGUUGUGGGAUUAUCAAGAUCUCCUCAAAGUUAUGUCAGACAAGAUGGAAUCUGUAAUAAAUCAUGAGGUCAUAGCUGUUGAAGAUUUCCUAAUGGAGUUUUAUGAAACAGCAAUAAGGGCCGAUGCUCUAUCAAAAAUGAGUAAACUUAAGUUUCUCAAACUUGACUUUCUGAACUUUUGUGGCAACCUCGAUCAUCUUUCGAAUGAGUUGGGGUAUCUUAUAUGGUUUGAAUAUCCUUUUAAGCACUUGCCUCCAAGUUUUCAACCGAACAACCUUAUUCAUCUAUCCCUACGUAAAAGCAACAUGAAACAAGUGUGGAAAGAUAAAAAGCCUCUACCCAAUUUAAGACAUUUGGAUCUCGCUCAUUCCAAAAACCUAAUCCAGAUACCAGAUCUUGGGGAGGCCCCAAAUCUUAGGUUGUUGGAUUUGAAUGGAUGUAAAAAACUGAGGCAGCUUCAUCCAUCCGUUGGUCUUUUAACAAAGCUCACUCUUUUGAAUUUGGAAAAAUGUAAAAGUCUUACCAAGACACCACAUUUCAGAGAGAACCAAAUUCUUGAAACACUAAAUUUACGAGGAUGUAGACAACUCAAGGAGAUCAAUACAUCGAUUGGUCUACUGCAAAAGCUUACCUUUUUAGAUUUGAAUGGGUGUGGAAAUCUAAUAAGCUUACCCAAUAGCAUAUUGUGCCUAAGUUCUCUAGAAUAUUUGAAUCUCUCUGGCUGUCAGAAAUUGUUUAAUAUCCAGUUCUUACAUGAAGCAAGGGAUGAAGAGCAAAUGAAGAAGCUUUGCAUAGGUGAAUCUCCAAUUUGUUCGCACUCAACAUCGUCCAUCAUGAAAAGGUGGUUUAAGUCACCUUUACAUUUGUUGCAUUCUAGAGCACAUAAAGGUUUGGUGAGUUGCUUGUUGCCUUCCUCGCCUACACUUGGUUGUAUGCGUGAACUUCAUCUAAAUUUCUGCAAUUUAGUUCAAAUACCUGAUGCUAUUGGAAAUUUACAUCUCUUAGAAUCCCUAUGUUUAAGGGGAAACAAUUUUGCCACACUGCCAAGCCUCAAGAAGCUUUGGAAGCUGUACUAUUUAAAUUUACAGGAUUGUAGGCAGUUGAAAUAUUUGCCUGAGCUUCCUUCGCGAACUGACUUGUCAUCAGAAAGAUACCAGCUCCCAGAGUAUUUAGAUCUUUUGAAGUACAAGGAAGCAGGAUUAAAUAUUUAUGGUUGUCCAGAAUUAGUUGAGUUGGAACAUUGCACUAGCAUGGCUUUUUCAUGGACGAGACAAAUUCUUGAGGUUUACCACCUAUUCACAGCGCACUAUAUGGCUAUUCCGCCCAUUUCAAGUAUUAUUAGAGGAAGUGAAAUACCCAGUUGGUUCAAAAAUGAUCACGAAGGCAUAGGCAGUUUAAUAACCGUAGAUGAAUCUCCCCUUAUGCAGAAAGACAAUAAUUGCAUUGGCCUUGCUUGUUGUGUAGUAUUUGGACCUCCUUCUGGAAUAAUGGCUCCUCCCAAAACAGAAUCAGUUCAUCGUUUUCGUGCUGAAAUUCCGUUGUUUUUGGGAGAAGAUCAAGUCACGGAAGAUCACUUGUGGUUGUUCUAUUAUGCUUUACCACAAUCGUUGUUGACAUGCUGGGAUGCUGAUUUCAAAUUGGAAAUUGAAAUAACGAACAUUGGAAGUUGGACUUUUGAGGUGAAGAAAUAUGGGUAUUGUUGGCUAUAUGAGAAGCACCUUGAAGUAUCAAACUUGAUAAUGAUGGGCAUCCAAAAUUUGUGAGCUUGGAAGCACAACUGUUUGGCAAUUGAGGAAACCAUGUACCAAUUGCAUAUUUUUGCUACACUUCCAUCAUAUAGAAGGAUUGGAGGCAUCAUCGAAUAUGGAUGCAAGAUUAGUAACGAUAGACCAAACAAAGAUGUAUAGUAGAAUUCAAAUUCACAAUGACUCCAUGGAUAUCUUUACAAGCUGCACUAAGAUUAAAUUUAGUGUUGCUUUGUUUGAUUACAGAUGGAAGAAAUGCUCUUGGUCUUUUUUUUAAAAAAAUUUAUUAUUAUUAUUUAAAAAAUGUAAAGCAUAUUAAAGUUGUUCCAUAAUCAGAUUUCCACAUCUUGCAUCUGUAGGAUCCUUCUGUUGGUAAGCAUAUGAUUCUUUUUCUUUUGUUUUAUAUGUUUAAUCCUUUUUAUAUUGACAUAUAAUAAUAUUAUGCUCCUUUUGUUGGUUU